UGUAGACUUUUAAUGUCGAGUUAAAAUUAAGCUUCCAUUUAGUCCUCUUUCCUCCUCAUCAUACAGUCGUCAACACUGAACUUAGCUGAGGAAUAUUCCCUACUGUUAAAAUUAGGUUUCCUUCUUCGUCGUACCCGACUGAUUUAUUGAGAGACGGGCGAGACGAGCAGGACCAGACCUCCUCGAAAGAGCUGUUCCAGUUGGGCGGCACCAUGAGCUGGAGCUUCUUAACUCGACUCCUAGAGGAAAUCCACAACCACUCCACGUUCGUGGGUAAGAUCUGGCUGACGGUCCUGGUGGUGUUCCGGAUCGUCCUGACGGCGGUGGGCGGCGAGUCCAUCUACGACGACGAGCAGAGCAAGUUCGUCUGCAACUCGGGGCAGCCGGGCUGCGAGAACGUCUGCUACGACGCCUUCGCGCCGCUCUCGCACGUGCGAUUCUGGGUGUUCCAGAUCGUCCUGGUGGCCACGCCCUCGCUCAUGUACCUGGGAUACGCCGUCAACAAGAUUGCGCGCCUGGAGGAGGGCAAGGAGAGCGUCAGCACCUCGCUGAAGUUCCUAAAGAGCAGGAAGUUCUAUCUGGGCCGGCGUCAGAACCGAGGUCUGGAGGACGUAGAGGAGGACCAGGAGGAAGACCCCAUGAUUUACGAGACGGCCGAAAUGGAAAGCCGAAGCGAGAGCGCCCCGCAGUGUCUGGGAGGAACCGGGAGCGGCUCGAAAACCAGACACGACGGGCGGCAGCGGAUCCAGCGAGACGGGUUGAUGAGGGUUUACGUUUUCCAGCUCAUCGCUCGGUCCGCUUUGGAAAUCAGCUUCCUGAUUGGUCAGUACAUGCUGUACGGGUUCGCCGUGCCGGCUCGCUACAUCUGCUCGAGCAAGCCGUGCCCGCACAGCGUGGACUGUUUCGUCUCCCGUCCCACCGAGAAGACGAUCUUCCUGCUGAUCAUGUACGGCGUCACCACGCUCUGCUUGCUCCUCAACAUUUGGGAGAUGCUGCACCUCGGCGUGGGCACCAUGUUCGACCUCCUGCUAGCCAGACAUCACCAGUACGGCCCGGAGGACGAUCUCGCCGCGAGCGACGAGGAGAGACCGGGAGGGUACGGGAGGUACGCUUCGUCCUGGACGUCCCCGUCGGCCCCGCCCGGUUAUAACAUCGCCGUGAAGACGGAGGCGGCGCCGUUCAAGCAGAAGGACGAGGAGCCGCGGCCGCACCAGCAGCAGUACGGAAGCACCGAGGACAACUUCCUCCAGGUCCACAAGGCGGCCGAGAAGAACAGGAGCGCCAAACAACAGCACGACGAGAGGAAGCGGCGCGAACGGGAGAGAAACAAGCGAGACGGAGGACUGGCGGACCAAGCCAGCAAGUCGGACGAAGGGAAGCCGUCCGUCUGGAUCUGAGACGAGGCCUUAAGGAACUUAAAAACAUUGCAGUGUUACAAACCAACGUAUUAAUUAUUCUGUAACGUAAUAAGCAACCUUGUGAUGAGGUUCAUUCUUCGGGAUUUCAGACCUCGCUGGGGUUUAUGGGAGGGGUUGGAACAGAAUUCUGCUCAGCACGACCAUAACUGUGUUUCUGAUCAUGUAAGCUAUACCUAGCAGCUAGCAAUAAACAGGUAGUCGAAUAGUUAAGGAAAAGCUGCUUUUAUUUCAGGAAAU